GAUACUGCAUAGAUACUAAGCGCAGCACGGUAGCCUCGAAAGACCAGCGUCAACAGCCGGUGAAGCAGAGAAGACGAAAAUGGUGAGAGUAGCCACUUACUUCGCUAUGUCAUUAGGCGCCUUCGUUUUCUGGCAAUCAAUGGAAAAAGUCCACGUUUGGAUAGCCCUCAACCAAGACGAGAAGAAAGAGAGACUGGAAAGUGAAGCGGGGAUUAGAAGAAUGAGGGAAGAGCUGCUUCAGCAAGCCAAGCUAAAUGAGCGUCUCGCGUAAAUUCUGCGUUCAAGUCCUCGUCUUCUUGUUGUUGUCAUUUUGUUUUAGCUCCGAUUUGUUUUGAUUUGACCUCAGCGGGAUUGUGGUUACUGGUGAAGAACCAUAAUAUUUCCUUUGAAAAAUGAGCUGAUAACCCCAUGAUAUGUAUGCCAUGGACGAAUUGUUUGUUUUCUUCUGCUUUAUAAAAUGCCUACACUGUCUGUUUUGAAAUGGCUGGGUUUUCUAUUUGUAUUGUGUUUA